AUAUUUGCAGCAAAUGAAUGCCACACUUUGACUGUUUGCAUAAGUGCACCAAAUCUAUAUGAAACUAUAAACCACUAAAUUGGUCUUUGACUAAAGUGAUAGAGACAACCUCCAGAAACAGCAAAUGCCCAGGGAGGGUAUCACAUCCACAGUUGAAGCAUCGAUGGGUCAAGCCCAACGAGCUGCGUUUCCAGUGGCAUCGCUCCUUGAGAACGACUUUUAGUUCUUUCUUUCCAAAAGUAAAUGCGAUUGAAAGAAGCGUUUAAGCGAGAGAGCUACAGCGUUUUCUUGACUUGGGCAAAUUUCAAACAGGCGUUUCACAGCGAUUGAGCCCCGCGCUACGCUCCAAAAGCUCUUGGCGGAUAAGAGACUUCCUUGCUUUGAUUAUAUCCAUCCUCUUAAUUCUUUGGGCUGCCAAUCUUCUUUCUUUUACUCCUCUCGAGCUAAGCAGCAAGCAAAGCGAGCCAUCAGUCAUCAUCAUCCAGAGGAUAAAUUAAUGGAUGGUCGCAGCUCCGCUGCCCAUCUUGCGACCAAAGGUCUGUGGCUCCUCGUCUUUGCGUGCUUCGUCUUCGCGGCCUCGGUGCUGGGCUGCCUGUGGCUCUGCUUCCGCCUCCUCGGCCAGCAAGAGAUCGACGACGCAAUCGCCGCGGAGGGCGACGCCGCCAUCGCCGCCGCGCGCCGCAUCCGAAUCCCCACGCUCAAUUACUCCGCCCUCGAGAUCAAGAGCCCGGCCACCGCCGCCGCCGCCGACUGCUGCCCCAUCUGCCUCGCUCCCUUCCGCGAGGAGCUCGUCAAGAAAAUGCCCGUGUGCUGCCACUACUUCCACCCGGGAUGCAUCGACUUGUGGCUGGAUUCGCACACCUCGUGCCCAGUUUGCCGGGAAGAGCUUCGUCUCGCGUCCGCCGAGCCCUAAAAACAGAGUGCCCGCUUCCCA